AUGGCGACUCAACAGUUGAUCGCAGAAAACAAAGAAGGAGCCGAGAUCUACCAUGGCGCGGAUCUUUGCAAGAACAAGUGUCAUGAACUUCUCGACGAACUCAACCUUCCUAAAGGUCUUCUCCCACUUAACAAUCUCACCGAGAUGGGUUAUAACCGCGACACCGGUUUCUUAUGGCUCAAGCAAAAUAAACGUUACGAACACAAGUUCCAUGCUAUUGGAAAAACCGUUGCCUACGAAACCGAGUUAUCGGCGUUUGCAGAGAACCGUCGGAUGCGUAAGAUUAGUGGAAUAAAAAGUAGUGCGGUGUUAAUGUGGGUGAAGGUUGGUGAAAUAUGUAUUGAAGAUCCGAGUUCUGGGAAAGUGAAGCUCACCAGUGCAGCUGGUAUCUCCAUGUCCUUCCUAACCUCUGCGUUCCAGCUCGAGAAGUGA